CCCUGGAAAAAACACGGAUGAUUAAGACCCAAUGUCCUCCCGCAGCGGGGCGGGGGCGGCUGCGGCCGGGAUUCCCAGCCAGGACGGGCCGGGGCCUGGUGGCUCGGGCUCCCGAGGUCACGCAGCACAGCGGCAGGGGCAGAGCUGGCACGGGGACCCGGGCUCGGCCACUGCGCCGGCGUGUGUCAGGGCACGUGACAGGCCCUGCCUCUUCCAGGGUUGCCACCGAGGCCGGUUCCGAGGAAGGCCCGAGGCCGUUACUCAGCGCCUGGGUCCCGGGCCGGAGGCUGCACAAACACAGACAGGAAGCGGCUGGCGCUUGGACUCACGUAGGCCCGGUGACUCGCUCCCGUGUGGCCUCGGCCGGCUGCCCGCUGCACGGGCCACCGAGGCCCUCGCAGGCCCUGGCCUCCAGGUGGGCAGCCCGAGGGCGGCCGGAGCGGGGAACGGAGACGGGCUUGUGCCUGGGCCGGGCUGCGUCUCCAGGGCUCGCGCCCUGGCCGGUGGCAUUCCUCCCGGAGCCGUGGGCUCUCGCCUGGAAACGGGCAUGUGGGCACUCGGGGAGGCGCGAGCCCUGCACCCACCGUGCCUGUCUCUUCCAGGUCCAGGAGACACCUCGGACGGGCUCGGCCUCCAACGCUGAGUCCUGGCCGCGGUCCCCAGGAGUGGCUUUCGUGUCCCCCACCCCAGCCCGGCCCCACGUGGCCUCUCGCUGCCCGUGCGUGGCCCCAGGCCCUUCUCGUUUCCACUGUGGAUUGCUUCGCGGAGAACAGUGUGAGAGGCGUGCAGGGGCCUCUGUGACCCUCAGUGUCCCCCACGUGGACAACGGGAGCAAACGGGACACCUUCUGGGCGGGUGGCUCAGGAAAGGGAGCACAGGGGCUGCUGCACCCACGGCUCACCAGUGGGGAUGGGCCUGGCCUGGGGGAGCAGCCGCACCCCUCGCCGUGCCCUCCUCAAAGCACCUUUGUGUCCAUUGCCCCUGUCUGGCUUCCUGGGACUGGCGUUUGUGGGCAGGAAAGGGCUGUGGGUGGGCGGGUGCCACCUGGCUUGGACCACAGGUCAGCGUGGCAGGGGCCUGGCGCCUGGGGGUGGCAGGGGGAAGGGGCCACCCUGAGUCACCGCGCCCGGCCCGUCUCUGAGCAGGGGGAGACGACACAGCGGGACACCGGCCACCGGCUCCUGCCCCUCCAGCUUUGUGCGCAGAGGAGCUGGCGCCGCAGACGGCCACGGAGGCCCACGGGCCCCGUCACUGUGGGGGGCCGUCCCGCGAGUGACAGGAUGGCGUGGGGGCCUCCCGGGAAGCCGCCUGGCCUGGCUUCCGUGCCCACACGACGCCGUCUCCCACGGUUACUCCGCUGCCGUCUCCCCGGCCGACCGGCCCCAGACGAGAGCGGACAGGCUGCCGUCGGCCACGGCGUUCCAGGUAGGGGUCCGGGGAGGUUCUGACUCGAGAUUCCCCAAAUCCGA